AUGGCAACCCAUCACACGGCGCUUCUCAAGCUCUCCUCACCCGCUGCGCCACGCGCUGCCUGCACGCCCUCCGACAGUGAAGUGGAGAUGUGGAGUGGAGAAGGCUUCAUGGAGAAUGCGGGUCUGGGUGACUUGGGGCGAGAUGAAAGGGUGUUUCAGACUGCCACAUGCGGAGGUGGAGUGGUGGAGAAGCAGGGAGGGGAGGGGGGGGGAAGUGAAGGCAAGGUGGGAAGGGAGGGGAUCCAGGGGCAGAGUGGGGAGGGGGAGGCGAGGGAAGAGAGAGGGGGGGUAACAAGAAGAGCUGCCAGCUCCGGCGUUCUCCCGAACCUGGAGCCGCCGCUCGAGGCUGCGAGGAGGUUCGGCGCAGGCCCUGGCUGGGCGUUUGGUCCGGAUGGAGGUUCGGGUGGGUUAGGUUUGGACAAGAGAGCAUGGGAGGGGGAGCAGAGUGGUGAAAGGGGAGGGAGAGAAGGGAAGGGUGGGGUGGUUGGGGAAGACAGGGCGAGGUGCAGGGAGGUUGAUGGAGUUAGAGGGGUUAGAGGGGAAGGGGGCGGUGCAGAAAUAGAGGUGGGAGUAGGUGCUGCUUUUGGUAGUGGUGCUGGUGAUGGUGCUGAUGGUGGUGGUGAGGUGGGUGCGAUAGCACAGUUGAAAACGGCUGCAAGCAAUGGUCUGUUGGGAGAAGCAGCAACGCUGACAGGUGCACACGUGGAGGCAGAGGCAGAUGAGGUGGGAGCUGCUGGGGCAAGUGGUGACCCUGUUGCUGCUUCAGGAUACGAUUGGGCAGCUUUGAAACAUUCGAUUGCUCUAAUCUGA